AUAAAGACUAUUAUAAUUUAAAAACAGAUCUUGAAAAUCGAUAUAAAAACGAUAAAAAACUUAAAAAUGAUAAAAAACUUAAAGAAGCAUAUGUAAAACUUGGAUUAGUUAGAUUUUUGAUUAGAAAAAAAUCAUUUGAAGAAGCACAGGAGUUACUAAACCAAAUUGGACCCAACCACAAUGACAGAUAUAUUUCCUCCGAAUUCACAA